CAUCGAUUUUUGCAGGGUACCCAAACAUCGAUUUUUCUCCAAUUCAACACGCAUUGACACGACACAAAUUGACAGGAGAAAACUCCAAUCUAACAUCAUCUCGGAGAGUCAGAACAGACUAGCAGACAAUGUUAUAGAGAUAUGGCAAGCACAGUUGUGGUGCUCGACAAUGGAGCUCACACAGCCAAGGUGGGCCUGGCCAACCAGGAGGAGCCGCGAGUGGUCCCGAAUUGCAUUAUGAAGGCCAAGAGCGAGCGGCGGCGGGCGUUUGUGGGUAAUCAGAUUGAGGAUUGCCGCGAUACCUCUGCCCUGUUCUACAUCCUGGCUUUUCAGCGCGGCUAUCUGCUCAACUGGGACACCCAGAAGACCGUGUGGGACUACAUCUUCAGCAAGGAGGGCAUUGGCUGCAGCCUGGACAACCGGAACAUAGUCAUAACAGAGCCCCAGAUGAACUUCCCGAGCGUGCAGGAGGCCAUGUUGGAGAUGCUCUUCGAGCAGUACCGUGUGGCCGGCAUGUACAAGACGACGGCAGCCGAUCUGGCGGCCUUUAACUAUGUCGCCGACAGCGAGGAGCGCACCACGAUGCAGACCCUCAACUGUAUUAUCAUUGAUGUGGGCUACAGCUUCACCCACAUUGUGCCAUUUGUCCUGGGCAGGCGUGUGCUCGAGGGUAUUCGUCGCAUCGACAUGGGUGGCAAGGCGCUGACCAAUCACCUCAAGGAACUCAUCUCCUACCGGCAGCUGAACAUGAUGGACGAGAGCCACGUGGUGAACCAGAUCAAGGAGGAUGUCUGCUUUGUGGCCGAGGACUUCAAGGAGGCCAUGCGGGUGCAUCAGUGCGAGAAGAAGCGCAAGGAGGUGGCCAUCGACUAUGUCCUGCCCGACUUUACGACAAUCAAGCGUGGAUAUGUUCGGAUACCCGGUCGGCCCCGCAUGGACGAGGAAACUAUGCAGACAGUGCCACUGUGCAACGAACGCUUCACCGUGCCCGAGCUGCUCUUCAAUCCGUCGGACAUUGGCAUCCACCAGGUGGGCAUACCGGAGGCAGUCGCCGAUUGCCUCAAGGCCUGUCCCUGGCAGGCCCAUCGGGAGCUCCUGCUCAACAUCCUGAUUGUGGGCGGCUGUGCUCAGUUUCCCGGCUUUUUGCCUCGCCUCAAGAAGGAUCUGCGCGCCCUGGUGCCCGACGACCUGGAGGUGUCGCUCAUCUGCCCCGAGGAUCCUGUCCGCUAUGCCUGGUACGGCGGCAGGGAGGUGGCCACCAGUCCCAACUUCGAAGAGUUUGUCUACACGCGCGACGACUACGAGGAGUUUGGCGUCCAUGGCCUGAACCAGCGAUGAACGGCGGAGCUCCUUCUCCCUCCCCCCCUGAAUCCCUUUUAAGGAUGCAGUUUUUAAUUACGAGAGACAGAUUUGUUCUAGAUUCGUUUCUUGCUUGUAUUCAACUAGGUGUCUAAAAGAGAAAUAAUGUGCAAAAUAGACCAAAGCGGGCGCACUUAUAUCAUGUAGAUAAAUCGCCUAGACAUUGAAUGGUUGCCUAGAGCCUUAAUCGUUUUUAUCAAUAUACAACUAAAUUUGAACUACAGAAAA